AUGUCCGGGCAACUCAUCUUUUUCGACAUUCCUAGCAGAGACGGCACUUGCUGGUCUCUGAACACGUGGAAAACGCGCCUGGCUCUCAACUUCAAGGGGGUCGACUACAAGACGGAGUGGCUCGAGUAUCCUGACAUUGCAGGCCGACUGGAAGCGGCUGGUCUCAAAGGCGACCCCGACCAGAUCAGGCCUUUCACCUGCCCCACCGUCCAGUUUCCCGACGGCACAUACAUCAUGAACAGCAAGAAAAUCAUCCCCCGUAUUGAAGCCGACUAUCCGGAGCCGCCCCUGUACCACGACGCAGACCUGUCUCAGGAAGCGCUCAAGCACAUCGCCCCGGUCUGGGACGCCUUGGCACCUAUUCUCCUCCCCGUGGCUCCUCGUGAGGUUCUGAACGAGUGCAGCGCAGAGUAUUUCUGGCGGACGCGCAAGGAGUUUCUGGGCAUGAGUCUGGACGAGUUUGGGGAGAAGAACGGUGGCGAAAAGGCGUGGGAGAAGGCCAAGAAGCCCAUCGAGGACGCUGCUGCGCUGUUGAACAAGACGGAGGGUCCCUUCUUUCUCGGGGACAAGGUUUCGUACGCCGACUUCCUCUACGUCGGCGUCAUAGCGAUGGCGAAGAGGUUUAACGAGGAGAACUACCGCCGUAUCGUCGAAAUCUCGCCAGCAUUUGACAAGCAGUACAAGGCUUGUGGCCCUUGGCUCGAGAGAAACGAUCACUGA